CAUUCGCACCAGCACAGACAUUGUCAAAAAUUCGUGAGACAAAUCACAAGUUGCUCAAUCUCUUCUCAAUGGAGAAUAAACAUUGACAAUUACAUAAAUUAACCCCCAAUGAUCAGCCCAGUGGCUCCAUAAAUAAAAUAUUUAAAAAAUCACUUUGAUGGAACGGUUAAUGCUGAUCAUACGCUAAUUCAAAUUUCGGAUAAUAAAUGAUCGCAGGGUAUAAACUAGUGACAACUGUGCCUCUAGCAAAUGUAGCCUGUCGUUUCCUCCACAUUGGUGCAUUAGACCAGGCAUUGAAGAUUUUUCAUAUGUCGGAAAUACCUUUCAAACAUUUGCUACUUGGUAAUCUUCGUAAGUGUGCACCGGUGCCAGAGGCACUGUACUCAACUUACAUCAAUUUGUUGAAGUCAAAAUUGAGUUGCAGUGACGGGGAGGAACUGGGGAAUACGAUGGAGCCACUUAUUGACGUGUGUUUUGCACAGAAUGAAUCGUCCAAUUGUCAAAUGACAAAUAAUUUUGUGCAGAGCAUGACGAACUUUCAGUAUGGAACGAGUAGAAAAAAUUACAGAGAGCUACGACAGUGGAAAUCUGUUGGAAAUGGUAUUUCAUCAACGAUUCCUGAGAGUGAUUUCAUCCUUCGACUAUUAACGUAUAAUAUACUAGCCCAAAAUUUAUUGGAAACGCAUUCUUACCUGUACAAUUACCACAAUAAAAACGCAUUGAGUUGGGAGGGUCGAAAGCCACUCAUUCAGCAGGAAAUUAUCGAAGCAGGGGCUAAUGUAAUAUGCAUUCAAGAGAUGCAACUCGAUCAUCUAGAAGAAUUUCUACUGCCAUUCAAGGCAAAUGGUUUUGAUUAUCUCUACAAAAAACGCACAAAUGAAAUGGGGGAUGGCUUGUUACUUCUGUUCCGUCGUAAUCAGUUUAAAUUAGUGGACUAUGUGUAUGUGGAGUAUAAUCAGACCUCCUCGGAUAUUCUCAACAGAGAUAAUGUGGGAAUUGUUGCCAAAUUUUCGCUCAAAGAAUCACCUGAAACCCACAUCGUUAUAUCCACCACCCAUCUGCUGUACAAUCCCAAAAGGAGUGACGUGAGACUCGCGCAGACGCAGGUACUAUUUGCUGAAGUGGAGAGACUUUCGUUUAUCGAAAAUACGAGAGAUGGCCCAAAGUAUCAUCCAAUUAUAGUCUGUGGGGACUUUAACCUACAGCCAUUCACUGGAGUAUAUAAGUUUAUCACCGAUGGGUCUUUUCAAUAUCUGGGGAAGGGACGAGAACUCCAGGAGAACUCUGGAUUUCGUCGACUGAAUAACACCCUCAUACCAUCCUGCCUCCUCAUUACGGAUAAUUGCCAGCACUUCAAUGUACUGGCGAGGAGAUUACGAGGCUCUGGGGAUGGCCACACAAUGCUUUACAGCCGCGAAAGCAAUUGCAAUCAGAACAGGAAAUGCCUUGAGCAUAUGUUGACAAAUGAAGUGGAUAUAAACUCAUCUGAUUACCAAAAAAUUGCGAUAAUCGAUGGUGAAUAUGCGACAUUUUCGUCUGGUGCUCUUAGCCAUCCCUUUAAAUUGAAGAGUGUCUACAGCCACGUUAAAAAUAAUGGAGAACUCGAAGCAUCAACGCACCAGGACGAAUGGAUCACCGUUGAUUAUAUAUUCUACACUGACAUUGAACUUUUGGAUCGCUACAGACUUCCAACAGUCGCUGAAUGUCGACAACUUCCCCAUAUUCCAAAUUUCGUUGUAGGAAGUGAUCAUCUGUGUCUCGGUGCAACAUUUAAGUUGAAAAAACGUGCACUAUAAGAUAAUUGCGGACUUGCUAGCUCAUUGUGUUGUUGACAAAUGUAAAUAUAGGUAUGGCGUUCAUCUCCGAUACUAUCAAAUACGGAAAUUAAAUUUUAUUUUCUGAAUAAAAAUAUCCUCAAGUUAUUUAA